GCUGUGAGGAGCGGAGCCAGCAAAACGUUACUAGGUUUUUAAAAAUCACUGUUACAUCAAAAGUCAUUUUGGCUGUGUAAGGCUGCGGAAAGUUCAGAGAGUAUGUAAGUUAUGUAGAAGUUGAGCCAUAGGAUUGGACAGAGGUGGGAGGGCUGGCAAGCCAGAGAAAGAAAGAAGGAGACAGGAGGGAAAGGGCUGUGCUAUGGAAAGAGGUUUGCUGUAUAUCCAUGUUUUGGGGCUGUAAACGGAUGAGAUCAUAAGUGUUUUCAAGCAAGCAGCAAGGGGAAGAUUUGAAGAAAAGAAGAAAGAGAGACAUGGAGCAAGCUAGCAAAUUCCUUUUAGCUCUCUUGUUGGUUCUCCAGGAAGCUGCCGUUCAUCCAUAUUCUGUCCCAGCAGAUGCAUCUAAUCUGGAAAGCAUGGUGGUGUCUGUAGUAAACAUCACCGCCAAGGAAGGUUCCCGGACGGUUCUCACUUGCAAGAGCUACCGCAUGGUCUGGACUCAGGACAAUCUGAACGAUCGCCAGCGGGUGGUUCAUUGGGAUCUCUACCGAAGCCAGCAGGCGGCGGAGAGGCUGUGCGACAUGUACUCCGCCGGGGAUCGGCGUGUCUACCACACGUACAACCAGGGGCGGAUCUCCAUGCCUGAAAACGCAUUUACGGAAGGCAACUUUUCACUGAUGGUCCAAGACGUUGCUGAGAGCGACCAAGGAAUUUAUUCCUGUAACCUCCACCACCAUUACUGCCAUCUGUAUGAAACAGUGCAGCUGCAGCUUGAGGUCACUGAAGAGGCCGGGGAAGUCCAGAGAUACUGGGACGGAGAGAAAGUGGUGAUUGUUGCCCUGAAAGGGAGUGCGGUGAUACUUCCUUGCACCAACCAGAACCAGGUUUGGACUGGGCGAGAUGAGGAGGAGGAUCAACAAGUCGUCCACUGGGACAGGCAGCCCCCAGGAGUCCCUCACGACCGGGCCGAUCGGCUCAUUGACCUGUAUGCCUCUGGCGAAGGCCGCCUGUACGGGCCUCUCUUCCUCCAGCAAAAGAUGAACAUCACCGACAAGGCCUUUGCCCUGGGCGACUUCUCACUGAGAAUCUCGUCUCUGGAGGCCGCGGAUGAAGGGAUCUACUCCUGUCACCUGCACCACCACUACUGCGGCCUCCACGAACGGAGGAUCUUCCUGGUCUCGGUGGUGGAGCCAGAACCAGAGAAAAAAGUGGUGCUGAAUCUCACGCACCCCAAUCCCCCAGCACCAGAUCCUAACUCAGGCCGGAACCACAAUGUGAUCAAUGUCAUCAUUCCCGAGAGCCGGGCUCAUUUCUUCCACCAGCUGGGUUACGUUCUGGCUACUCUAUUGCUCUUCAUCCUGCUCUUGAUCCUUGCAAUGCUCGUGACUCGCCAGCACCGCAGGAGAGGUUUUCAAUACAAUGUGAAAAAAUAUGAUGAGAAAGAAUUGACUCUCAGGGAGGUUCCAUUGGAUACAACAAAUUUGUCAAACUACAAAAGUGAAGAUUUUAAAUUGGAUUACAAAAACAAUAUCCUGAAGGAGAAAGCUGAACAAAAUAGGAUUCUCCCUGCUAAGAAUAUUGACUUAGAUAAAGAAUUCAGGAAAGAAAAUUAUAAAUGAAAACAGCAACUCAAAGCUACUGGCUGGACCAGAAGCUCCCUUAAGAAUUUAAAAGUACAAGAGAACUUUGUUUUCUUUUUUUAAAAACGUCAUCCUUCCAGUUACCAAGAAGUUUCUGUAGACUUUUUUUCCAACUUUGGGCCUAUGAAAGCAUACAAGACACGUAAGCUGUAAAUCCUAUGCACGCUCAUUUCAUAAGGUUUACUACCAGGUAAACAAGUAUAGGGCUGCCCUGUAAAACUUCCUCUUUAUUAUCUAUCUAUCUAUAUAUAUGAUUUUUUUUUAAGGGAGGGUGCAGGUCAGCUUCUUUUUUCUUUUAUCUUGUGAGAUUGCUUACAUUCCCCCACCCCCCAGGGAUUUUAUCCCUUUAAAUAGUUUUGUUUCAGUUGUAUUGGUUAUUUGAGAUUUUUUAAAAUUGCUUAAAAAUAAUAAGCUGAAAAAUUAGAUGCCUGGCUUGCUGUUAAACACAGAACAGAGAGCAUAUUUUUUUCCCUGGCACCGUCAUUUAAAAUAUGCUGUUAGCAAGAAAGAGGGGACUUUUCUCCACUACUGAGUUAAUGUGCUAUCCAUAUCUCCUUGAAUCAGGAGAAAACAAUAUUUUCCUUAUUGGUUACCCCCAUUGCCAAUUCUUCUCCAGUUUCUCUUGCCUCUGUUCUUAAUUGUCGCCUUCCAAGAUAAUGAGUAACAAAACCCUAACAGA